AUGAAGAAAUCACUAAUUGCACUAUCACUGUGUGUAAAACUGUUAGCAUACACACUUUUCUUUCCUUGUCAUAAGGUAGAAACAAAGAAUAUGAAUGUGGAAUUAGAUGGAAAAGUGUACACUGUUUUAUAUGAGCGUAAAAAAGUAAAAUUCUCAGAUUUGGAUCCUCUAAACAUUAUGUUUCACUCAAAUCAUGUGAAACAUUCAGGAAAUUCCCUUAUUCGUUAUUUAAUAAAAAUGACUUCAAAAAAAUUAAAUAAAAUGAUUUAUGUUGUGAAACGGGUUGAUAUAACAUAUGAUAAACCACUUACAUAUGAUGACGAGUACAAAAUAAUAGGUGGCAUAACAUCCUAUGGAAAAACCUCCCUCAAGGUAAUUUUGUUUGGAACAAGUUCAGCAAGCAAAAAUGGAAAUACAAACAUGGAUGUCAAAAAUAUAUUGCGUAAUGGUGCUUUUGCGUAUGAGGACAAGUUAAGCAGUAAGCAUAACAGUGAAGUGAUUGAAAAAAGGAAACAAAACAAAAAGAUAACCAAAGUUGAGAAAGAUAUUUUUAGCUACCUAGACAAACGCAAAGAAAAUAAUGAAGACAUAAUUAUCAAAUUAAGUAGGGAUGAAAUUAAAGAUAUAGCAUCCCAGAAAAAAUGUCAAACUUAUUUUACUAUUCAUUAUACCUUAGUUCAAAUAAAUGAAGAUGGAGCUAAAUUGCCUAUUAAGGAAAAAUAUAAAAAUUUGUUUCCACCAAUUGAAAAUGAAAAAUUGAAACAGCUUGUUAGUGUCUUUUGUUAA